AUGCAGGUAGGCAAAAAUGGAUGAAGUAGAUGCAAUACAACGGUUUCAACAUCACUUUCUCCCCAAAGAGGUCUAUAACAAUAUAAGUAGAUGAUUUUUUUCCUUCAGCACGUCUUUUCCUGGUGGAACUACUCGAAUGUAUUCCAUUGCCGAUCCACUUUGCCUGCAAACGCCACCCUUGGAAGUCGAUUCUUGGCCUGCGAUAUUGUCAUCUUUGACUUUGGACUUAUGCAUCGAAUUUUGGGGACAACAGAAUGUGUGGCCAACUACCUUGAUGGAGGUUACAUGCGAUGUUCGUGGUGUUUAGAACAUGCUGCAGCUCUUUGUUUGCUGCUGGCAUGUGUCUGCUGCAUUCCUAGACCAGUUUGGCUGCUGUGGCCAGGUAAAAUUUCGAAAAAAUAAGUGCAAUGAUGAUCUAUUAUGGUAUUAUCCUUAUAUGACCUAUUCAUCCUGUUGGUCAUCUCAUUUUCAGCGCUCUUUAUGCAAAGCUCGUACGUCCUUGGAAUGGCGAUCUUAACAAUGGCUAUCGCCCCGAAAAUGUUGGAAGCCCUCACUCGAGAAGUGGAUCAGGAACUUGGCAUUGCUUUGGUCUCAUAUUGCACUGGGGUCAGUAUGAAUUGGCUCUUCACAUUCAUCCUUUGGCACUAUUAUUGGGGAAUGGAAAAGAAACAAGUGGAAAUGACGGAACAAAGAAUUUGA